AUGUCCUCCUCCUACGCUGCCAAAGCCGCCCGCUCUGGUUCCCAGGCUUUGUCAAGACUGUCCCCCACCCCUGCAGUAGCAUCUCGAGCAACGCCAACAGCAACAGCAACACCCACAACCUCUGCCGCACCCAGGAGCUUUGCAACCAGCUGUAGCUCCUCUAGACAUUCGUCGCCAUUCGCACAACAGAAACACAAGUCAUUUUCGACACAAUCCGCCAACAUGUCGACCAUGCCCGCCCAACACGGCCACUCCGUGGGCUGCUGCAACAUCCCGCCUGUCGUGUCCAAGGGAUACGAGGUCAAGGGCACGUAUGAGGAGAUCGGAGGCAAGAAGACUUAUGUCACCGGUCCCUCCGACGCGAAGAAGGCCAUCGUAGUUGUCUACGACAUUUUCGGAUACUUCCCCCAGACUCUCCAGGGAGCAGACAUCCUGGCCACCAGCGGCUCCGAGAAGUACCGCGUCUUCAUCCCGGACUGGUUCGUCGGCGAGCCCUGCCCCAUUGAGUGGUUUCCUCCCAACACGGAGGAGAAGCAGAAGAACCUGGGCGGCUUUUUCCAGAAAUUCCCGCCCCCCAACAUCGCCAGCCUGGUUCCCGACUACGUCAAGGCCGUACAGUCCAAGUACUCUUCUCUCGAGUCAUUCGGUGUCCUUGGUUACUGCUGGGGAGGCAAGGUCGUCUCUCUUGUCACCUCUGGCGAGAGCAACCCUUUCAAGGUCGGCGCCGAGAUUCACCCCGCCAUGGUCGAGCCUGAGGACGCCAAGGGUAUCAAGAUCCCCCUCAUCCUGCUCGCGUCCAAGGACGAGCCCGAGGAGGACGUCAAGAAGUUCGAGGGCAACCUGAGCGUCGCCAAGCAUGUCGAGACGUUCAAGGACCAGAUCCACGGAUGGAUGGCUGCCCGCUCCGACUUGGAGGACCCCAGGGUUAAGGAGGAGUACACCCGUGGCUACAAGACCGUUCUCGAGUUCUUUGCGAAGAAUUUUUGA